AUGCCACAAAACGGAGAGAAUUAUCGCAAUAUGGAUGCUCAACAGCAGUUCGAUCAACGCCGUGCUGACGAUUUAGCGCGACAGGAUGCGCUGUUGGAUCAGAUUCAUGGCGGUGUUGUGGGUCUUAAGAAUCAUGCGCAUGCUAUUAAUGGUGAAGUGAUUGAACAGAAUAUCAUGAUUGACGACAUUGGCACUCGCAUGGAUACAGCUACACAAGACAUUUCAAGAGAAGAACAAGUAGCACGUGCGGUAAAUGCUCGCAAAAAGAAGGUGUGCAAGUUAUAUGGCGUAAUUGCUGUGCUUGUGGGGAUUUUGGUCAUUGUAUUCGUCAUUCCAUCGUCAAACUAA